AUGAGUAUGCUACUACCUCGAACGUCGCGUAAUCGGUUCUACGUGGUAUUACUUGCUGUCAACUGUUGGUCUUCCGUCAUCGUCUAUUCUGUUUUAUUCAAGGGUGACGAAGCACGCAAACGGUUCAUGUGCAUCGUUUUGGAUUGUACACUUGAUCUGAUGACUUGCAUGGGUGUUGAGCUCAUGAUUUUACUGAGUUAUGCAAGUGAUUACGUCGUAGAAAUUCGAGGGUUUUGGGGCUUUCUGUGGCAAUAUGACAAGUGGGCGGCGCGAGCUCUCAAUGAGUUUCGAAUGGUGGUCGUUGUCUCAUGGUCAGAUUUGAUAAGUCGCGCCUUCUUUUCGUUUGGGUUGUUCUUGACCACAACUAAUAUGAAGGAGCUGCUGGAAUAUUCACCUCGGAGGAGCAAUCGAGUGGCCAAAUGUACCGACGAACUCGCAAAAGUACACGAGACGGAUCUACCCGGUGCAAACAGCAGUCUCAAUACUGACAAAGUGGUUUCAUCUGCUAUUCGCAGCUUGGGGUCUUGCGGUACUAGGUUUACACAUCCAAGCAUCAGUACAACCAUCACUCCCCCAGUGUCUAAUGCAAGUGAGACCAUGGGCGGCUUCUCGACCAUCCUGCUACCUUGUGGGGAUCGAUUGCCACACCCUGGCGAUCUCUGCCACUGUCCAGAUCUAGAAAUGCCAGAUUCAAUCAGCGAGUUUCAUGGACUUCACGGUAUAAAGGUCUACAACUCAACUAUCCUUGACUGGGGCGAAUCGGCUGCCAUUACGGGUGCAAAUCACCCGGAACUUACAUCUUUGUAUAUCGUUCGUACCAACAUGACCGACGGAAUGUUGCCAGCCGGGUUCCAGUCAGUAGAUUUCCCACAAAACUUGUACGAUAUUGAAUUUUGCGUUACAAAUCUCAACGCUUUACCCGAUGACAUCGACACUAAAUGGCACACCAGCUCAAUACUUAUAAUGGAAUACAGUCAGCUAUUGACUGUUCCUUCGGUGGUUUUACGACUAGAGCCAAUCCAUCUUUCUGUAACUGGCAAUCCGAUUACUGAGAUUCCUCCAGAGGUUUUCGAACUGCCAGGUUUGGUGGAUCUAGGAAUUGGUGGUAUGAAUCUCGACGAACUGCCGCGCGAUGUGACAGCCGUUUCUCCAACGUUGCUCUGGAUACGUCUAGGAUAUACCAACAUUUCAUUCUUCUGGUCGUGGACAGAUCAAGUGGUGGCGAUGGGCUCGCUUAUCAUGGCUACAAAUACUCCGUACUGUCAAGACUUUGAGAGAAUCCAGAGUGGAGCCGCCGAUACCUUCAGUGUCUCUCCUUCUCCAGAGUACUCGUCCGUUCUGAUGGAUCCGUCCGAGGUGAAUUUAGAGGUGAUCCUGACUGCUGUAUACUGUGGCGAGAUGGACCUAUCGAUGUAUUUUCUUCUUGUCGACGACUACUACUUGGCUAUCAGCACUCCACCAACAUAA